AUGACGAUAUCACCCUCGCAGGCCGUCGUCCCUGUGGUGGCGCCGGCCUCGCAGACUGAUAUCGCUGCCGUGGUUGAAUCCCAACCUCCUGUGGCGGGUCAAAUGCCUUCUACCCAGCUCGUCAAAAGACCUUCUGCUUCCCGAGCCCAGAAGCUAACUAUUUCCACCCAUAUGGAUUCGUAUGUGGUGGAUAAUGCUGCCGGUCCUCACGGGUCUACGCUGAUCUCGGAUGUAAUGUCCCGGAUUGGCCAGAGCUACGGCAAUUUUGAGGCUCCUCAGUGGCAGUGUCUAACUGGCACUCGGGACCGCACUGUCCUGUACGAGAAGAGUAUCGAGCACACUGCCGCGGCUCUUGCUUUCACUGCCCAGCUUAAUUACGAGCUGAACAACGAGGUCCAUACGAGCAGGACCCUUGCCCAAGGGGAGAGGGACCUCCACCUUAAAGCGAAUGACGACCUGAAGGCAGUGAAUACUAAGCUCGAGGCAGUGGUUAAGGAGCGUGAGGAAAUGGCCAAGGAGCUCGGAAAGCUGAAAAACGAACUCGAGGAGCAGAAGAAAGACAACAUCCAGCUUCGGGAGACCAACAAGAAGCUCGAGGAAGACAAGGCCGUCACCCUCGACCUCAUGGAGGAUAUCAAAACCCGCCUUACUGCUGAGUUCAAAGAAAAGAAGGAAACGGCGGUCUUAGCUCGAUCCUUUACAAUGGAACAUUGUGCAAUACCGAUUAUGCAAUCAUCAUUAUAUAUUAAUAAUGACAUUACAUGA